AUGACUGCAGGGGAGAAGCUUCGCGUGACAGUGGUUGGGGCGGGUAUUGCGGGCCUAUGCGCUGCAAUUGCGCUUCGUCGCGCAGGCCACAUCGUCCACGUAUACGAGCGAUCGGGGCUCAACAAUGAAGUUGGAGCGGCGAUCCAUAUCCCACCAAAUGCAACUCGGGCACUGCUGGCCUGGGGCCUCGAUCCUGUGCGCGCAAAGCUGGUCACAGUCAAGUCGAGUUUCCGGGCAAAGGCAGAUACACUGGAGAGAUUCCAUGUGGGCACAUCAGAAGCGUCAAUCACCGAGACGUAUGGCGGGCCAUGGUUCUUUGCUCAUAGGGUAGAUCUCCACGAUGAGCUAAAGACAUUGGCGACUGGUAGCGAUGGAGAAGGUGUUCCAGCAGUGAUCCACGUAAGGUCCGAAGUCACGAAAUAUGAUCCUGAUACGCCAUCCAUUACUUUGAUCGACGGUUCUGUAAUUGUUUCGGAUGUAGUUGUUGGGGCCGAUGGCAUCCACACGACAGCUGUUGAAGCUGUGCUCGGAAGAGUCAACGAACCUGUCCCGUCCAAAGAUCUGUACAACUUUUGUUAUCGGUUCCUGAUUCCAACCACCGAGAUCGAGAAUGAUCCCGAAACUCGUUUCUGGACCGAAGACGAUGAUGGUCGAAUGAAGUUCUUUGUCGGUGAUAUGAAGCGUAUAAUUUCGUACCCAUGCCGAAACAACGAAAUGCACAACUUUGUUGCGCUUUUCCACCAAGAUGACUUUGGCAUGAUGAAGAAGGAAGAUUGGCAGGCCUCUGUUGACAAGUCUCAACUUUUGGCAACAUUCACCGGUCUUCAUCCCAAGCUCCGGGCUGUUAUCGACAAGGCCACGGAGAUCAAGCAAUGGGCUCUCCUGUAUCGAGAGCCAAUUCCAACCUGGAUCCGUGGUAAAAUCGUCUUGGCUGGUGAUGCCUGUCAUCCAAUGUUGCCUCAUCAAGGACAAGGCGGAGCACAGGGGAUCGAGGAUAGCGUAGCACUUGGCUUGGUUUUCUGUGGUGCCAGCAAGAAAGACAUCCCGGACAGACUUGCGUUGUACGAGACCAUCAGGCGAAAUCGCGCCAGUCUGAUCCAAGUCUUUAGUAAUGCUGGACAAGAUGAACCAGAGCUUAUCCGUAAGGAAGCUUCCAAGUAUAUACCUCUGGAGCAGAUACCCACCACCCCAGAGGGAUUUUUCGACUAUAAUUUUGGAUAUGAUGUGAUCCAGGAUACCGUCAACCACCGAAAGAGUGUCGAUCCGUCCUUUGAGGUUCCAAAAGCAUUCUUUCAUAAAGUGCCGGGGAAAGGCGUUUAUCCCAAACAGGCGCAACACUCGGACUCGCCAAUGGAGUCUCGGGACUUGGCAGGGCCUGGUAUUGGCAAAGCUGAUCGGGCAGUUCCUCAGAUCCAGAUGGUAGAGGUGAACGACCUGGGGCGAUAA